AUGGCAAAGUUAACCCAACCGAUAGACCUGGAGUACACCACAGUGGUAUUCUCAGAACCCAAGACCGGAACACUGAAAGACAAGCCAGAUGUAAAGUACGUACGGGUACAGGUGUCAGUGCUCAACGACGACGGAACAACAUGCCCGCUCAUCGUGCCAACAGAUCAGUCCUUUUCGUACGGCAUACAAGAGUGCAGGUUCCCCAACAGCGACAAGGUCAAUGGUUACAGCCUUCCAAUCGUAAUGUACGACCGCAACGACGACGGUGUCUACACACCGGCGACACAUCAAGACAACUUUGUCAUGGCGUUCCACUCGGUUGUCCAACAGGCCAAGGACCACUUGAUCAACUCAGGGUUGUUAAAGCCACACAAAUUGACCAAACUAGGCAACUGUAUGUUUGGCCCUGACGGUUCAACAUCCACUAUAGGCAGCCAUGAACCCCAACGUUUCUCUCCGCCUCCCCCUUCCGGCCGGUGGUGGCGCGCUUCGCACGAGUGA